UCCGUGGCUCUCAGAAGUGAUGACGAAGCCCUGACAUGUCCAGAUACCCAGACGCCACCCACUCCUCUGAGGAACACAGGGGCUGUGGUCCCUGGUCCCAUUCAGGUCAGAGCUGAGGAAGGAACAGGGUGUCAGACCCAGUGCAAGGACCGUCGGAGGAACCCUACCAUGGAGUUACCUUGUUCCUGGUGGCCAGAGGACAUCUGGGAGGGUUUUGGCAUGGCAGCCUUUUAAAAUUUCAUGUGCAAGUCUGACAGAGACAAGUGGAGUUUGCAGCUCUGCGCUAUCAAGAUUGUGCAAGGAAUCUGCUCGUGCUUGGAUCCCCCGUGUACCUGGUGAGUACAAGAGGACAAGGAAGAUGGACCGACAUUCCAGCAACAUGGUGCUCGGUUUGACUACAGUGUCCCCAUCUCCUGUGGAGAGCAACCUGGUCUGUGAGGAUGGACACAACAGGACUGGAGGCUUUGCAGACCACAUCCCUGAAAUUGUCAUUGAUAGCAUCACAUUGCUUAUCUGCCUGUGUGGGCUGUUUGGGAAUGGGGCCAUUCUCUGGCUUCUUGGUUUCUGCAUCAAGAAGAACCCUUUCACUGCCUACUUCCUGAACCUGGCUGUUGCAGAUGCCUUUUUUCUCCUCUGUACAUCUGUUUUCCUUAUAAUAUAUCAUGUCCCCAUGCUCAGCUGUUUUCAGCCAGAGCUUUUGCAUGUGCUCCUGUUGUUUCACUCCAUGGUUCUGCUCACAUACAGCACGAGCCUGUACCUCCUCACAGCCAUCAGCGUGGAAAGGUGUCUGGGCAUCCUCUGGCCCUUUUGGUGCCGAUGUCACCGCCCAAAGCUCUUGUCAGCAGUCAUGUGUGGCCUGCUCUGGGCCCUGGCCUGUGUGCUGUCUGGGCUUGUGUACUUUGUGUGUGAUUUGGAUCACUGCAAACACUGCUGGAUGGUUCUUGCAACCCUGUGCCUUCUCAAUUUUUGCCUUUUCACUCCCUUUAUGGUUCUUUCCAAUGUGAUCCUGCUCAUCAAGCUUAGGCGUAGCUCAUGGCAACAUCACUCAGGCAGGCUGUACACAGUCGUCUUCCUUGCUGUUUUCUUCUUCCUUCUCUUUGCCAUCCCACUCAGUGCCCAGAUCUUCCUCAACUUCUUUGUCUAUGUUAAGUUUGUCUUGGAGAGCUGCCUGUUGCUGGCAUCCAUCAACAGCAGCAUCAAUCCGGUUAUUUAUGUCCUAGUUGGGAGCUACAGAAAGUCCAGGUUCAGGGGAUCUGUCAAAGUCGCUCUUGAGAGGGUCUUUGAAGAUAAAGCAGAUUCUCAAAUGGUGGGAGAGACCCCUGAGGAGGAAAUUGCUGCUUAAACCCCUACAACAUCCACCCAGCUAGGCUGCAGACUGGCUUCUGGAGGAGGGCAGCCCAGUCACCACAUCCAUGGGAGCUGAGCCUUCCUCCUGGCUGGGUGAACAGGAAUGGUGGUGGAUAGCAGAGUAUGUCGCAUGGGACACAGCUGGACUUGAUGAGAUUUCAAAAGGAGCAGGACUGGUUCCAAUCUCAAAAUUAUUUUAAAAUUAUUUUAAUAAAAUUGUCUUCUAUGUAAUUUAAA